AUGCAAAUCCCCAGUCUCGUCUCUCUUACCCUCCUAUCGACGCUUGCUUCCGGCGCGGUCAUUCAGUCCGAUUUCGCGAAGCGCCAGUCUGUUGACUGCCAGAAGAUCCAGGUUGCUCUCAGCGAGGCCAAUGCAUACUAUCGAGGUAGACUGAGCGGGUACUAUGGGCAAGCAUAUAUCACCUUUGCCAAUAACCUCCAUGCUUUUGAGAAUCUAGGCAGUCGGACAAUACAUCAAUGCUAUGAUAUGACAUCUCUCUAG